AUGUAUGGAGGUGGUGGCCAGAAGAAAUUGGAAAGAAACACAAAUAUAAGAUUGAAGGCCCUGUGUUGCCACCCGGCGUGGGCUCAGGCCUGUGGGGACCGGGAGUAUCGGGGUGCGGACGGCCGCUGUGCCCUCUGCGAAGUCUGUCCAGCCGGAGAAGAGCCCGACAGGAAAUGCGGCUAUGGCUCUGGAUUAGGAAUGGCCUGCAGGCCCUGUUUGGCUGGUUCCUUCUCUUCCACCCCCGGCCUGGAAUUCUGCUCCUUGCACACUUCUUGUGAGGCCAAGAAGAGGCUCCAUAUCCACGUCGGAACGGCGACUGCGGACACCUGGUGCGGCCCCUGUUUACCUGGGUACUACAGUCCAGAGGGGGAGACGGAUCCGAGGAGUAGCUGCCUCCCUUGCCUGUCUGCCCCCAGAGGGAUACCUGGAUGCCAAGGCUCCAGAAAACGGGCAGCUCGCCUGAUCCGAAAUGCCGAGGCUUCCCCGAGACACCGAGAUAAAUUGGUGCUGAACGGCACCCGGGAUGGGAAGCCGGACGAGAGCGCCACGCAGUACGCGGUGCUCGCCAUCGUCCCCGUCUUCUGCAUUAUGGGUUUGCUCGGCAUCCUUUUCUGCAACCUGCUGAUGAAGAAGGGGUACCGCUGCACGGCCCAGAAGGAGGCGGACGAGGAGGCGACCAAAUCGGACAGAACCGGGAACAAUUCUGGCCAUAAGAGCGAAGACGUCAACGAGGAUACCAUCGGCGUCCUGGUGCGGUUGAUCACGGAGAAGAAAGGUGGGGACUGGAUUUUGUUUGUCACUGCUGUCUUCCAGUUGCACCUCCUGCCACAGAUCCCACACGUUUGCCGUCAUCAGCACCACCUGCACACCGUCCAGGGCCUGGCCAUGCGCUCCGGCCCCACUUGUACCCGCUGCAGCCAGAAGAAGUGGCCGGACAUGCUGAGGGCCACGGAAGCUGUGUCCACCAGUGUCCUGCCCGGCAGCUAUGCCCCGAAACCCCCCCGGCCGGGAGAGAUCACCAUCCUCUCCGUGGGCAGGUUCCGCGUGGCCCGUAUCCCCGAGCAUAGACCCAACCCCACGGAGCUGAAAACCAUCUCCGAGGGGGUGGGGGAGCCCAGCGAGGCCCCUUACGCCUCCCCCGCCCCAGAGCAAAAAGCACUGGUCAGCAACGGAGGGAGACUGAAACGGCCCUCGGUGGCAGAGGGUCAGCAAGAGGUUGUCAUUUGACGGCCCCCCUGCGGCCGAGAAGAUGGGAGCAACGCAAACUUUGUGGACGCCGCGUGUCCGAAGCGCCUUCCAGGCUGCUGCGCAUGUGUUGGGCAUUGGCGAAAGUGACGGCCGGCCGGCUUUUCUCCCUGCUCCUUGGACCUCGCCUGGGCCGGACUCUGCUGGGGGGGGGCUGGGGGGGAAGCAACUCUCCUGGCUUGCAAAAAGACUUCGAAGGACCAAAGAUGAUGGCCGGGGGGGGGGGCCCCCGUCCUUCCGUUUUCCCUUUUUGCAAGGCUCAGAGGCAGCUCUGCGACACGCCAGCCAGGCCGGGUAGGACGAGAGAGGAAAAAGACUCUUUUAUUAUCGCGGCCCGGGAUUUAGUGCACCUUUGGGAGCCUCCGUCACGUUGAGCUGGCGGCCGUGUGGACUCGUCCGUGUCGUUUUCUGGGCUACGGAAAUCGAUCCCAGCUGCAUUUGUAUUUAUUUUUUUUUUUUGGGGGGGGGGGAGAAAUUUCCUUAGUCUUCUCAGUUUAACCCCCCCCCCUGGGAUUUCCUGGUGGUGUUCCAUCCAGCCGCUACUAAACAGUUCCGGAAUUGUGGAGUGUCUGAACUCAGCUGUGCUGAGGAUGGUGUGUGAGACUGAUGGGUUGUGUGUGUGUGUGUGUGUGAUAUACGCAGCUUCCUUCAGUUGAAAGAAGAGGCAAGACACCUUUGAGUGUGAGUGUGUGUGUGUGUGUGUUUGAGA